AUGAGCAAUUUGGAUAUAGAAGCUCCGCCAACAGUAUUCACGCGGGCACAUUUCCCAUCACCUGCUCGAAGAGGAAUGGGUCCCAUGAAAUUUCCUUUACCUUUGUCGCCAUAUGUUCCAGAAGAUGUCAUAAAAACUAAUACGGUAAAUUCUGAUAUUUUAUCUACGAGUAACGUUCCUGUAUUCCCACUGCCUGUCACUACCAGUCAAGGUGAUGAGUUUGAAAAAAUGAAAAAGCAACUCGUGGAAGCUCUGCAAAAAAUCGACGAUUAUAACAAAAAAGAAAAUGAACUAAUGUCCAAAAUAGAAGAAUUGGAUGCUGAGAACGAAAAAUUAAAAUCAGAGGUCCAAAAACUGACCGACCAAGACAGUGAAAACAAAAAUAAACAAGAAAUGUAUGAAGAGAAAACCAGAAUGAUGAAAUUAGAUACAGAAUCUAAAGAAGACAUGCUGGAAAUUCUUCGUGUUCAAUGUGAAGAAUUAAAAAAUGAACUUGAUAAAGUCUCUCAAGAAAAAUUGAAGACUGAUGCGGAAAAUAUAGAAUACGUGGAACUGCUAAUCAACGAAAACAAUACCUUACAACAGGAGAACAGUACUGUCAAAAUGGUCAAUAACGAAAUGACACAAGAAAUGGAAAAUCUGACAGUGCUGAAACACGAAUUAGAAAUAGCUCUGAAACAAAAAACAGCUGAACCAGAAGUGACUCUAGAAUCUGAAUUGGAAGACACGACCUGUGCAAUUUGUAUGGAAGAGAUGCGUUUGAAAAAGUGUACUCCUUGUCGAAGAAGAUUUCAUAAGAGUUGCCUUGAACACUGGCUACAAGGGAACAACAGCUGUCCUACCUGCCGAGCUUCUAUGAGUGUCUAA